AUGGCUGAUUCUUUGCUGGUGGGUGAAACUUCUGGCUUUUGUUGGCGGGAGUAUUCCACAAUCACUUGCAUAGUCCUGAUUAUGAUUCUGUGUAUAAUAUUGAUCUUGACAUUCAGAAAUUAUUUGAAAAUUUCAUUGUUCCUCAUAGGAAUAAUAGUUGUGCUAUUCUCUGCAAAUAUCUGCUUUGUCUUUUGCAAGAGCCUGGAUUAG